GCUGGGCGGCGCGUGCGGCCUGGGUGUGGGCUCUGCGGCCGCCUCUCCCUCGUCCCGUGCUCCGCGUCUCCGGUCCCUGCGUACCGACCGCCGGGGGCCGCCGCGGGGCGGGGGAUGCCGGGCUGCCGCAUCAGCGCCUGUGGCCCAGGGGCCCAGGAAGGGACGGCAGAACCGGGGUCCCCCCCGCCGCCACCCCGGGAGCCCCUGCCGUCCCUCCAGCCCCCGCCCCCAUCGCCGACCUCGACCCCGACACCCACUCAGUCACCGCCGUUGCCCGAGGCGGCGGAGACACCGGCGGAAGGGCAGGAGCUGCAGCGCUGGCGCCAGGGUGCUAGCGGGGGCCCCGGGGGCGCCGGACCGGCGGGGGGCGCGGGCGCGGCGGCAGGGGCGGGGGGCCGCGCGCUGGAGCUGGCCGAAGCGCGGCGGCGACUGCUGGAAGUGGAGGGCCGCCGGCGCCUGGUGUCGGAGCUGGAGAGCCGGGUGCUGCAGCUGCACCGAGUCUUCUUGGCUGCCGAGCUGCGCCUGGCGCACCGAGCCGAGAGCCUGAGCCGCCUGAGCGGCGGCGUGGCCCAGGCCGAGCUCUACCUGGCGGCGCACGGGUCGCGUCUCAAGAAGGGCGCGCGCCGCGGCCGCCGGGGUCGGCCCCCCGCGCUGCUGGCCUCGGCGCUCGGCCUGGGGAGCUGCGUGCCCUGGGGCGCGGGGCGGCUGCGGCGCGGCCACUGCCCCGAGCCCGACUCGCCCUUCCGCCGCAGCCCGCCCCGCGGCCCCGCCUCCCCCCAGCGCUGACCUCCGAACCCCGGACCCCUGGGCUCCCGAGACAGGCGGAAGGACGGAAGGACCGACAGGUCUGGGUGCUGGCUAGAUGGACGGCGUCAUCUACGCGGAGGAGACAGUCGGGGGGCCGGGGGGCCCUGAAAAUGAGACUGAGCUCCCCAGUGCCUCCACUUUAUGGGUCUGGACUUCUGCAUUCUGCUCCUUCUCUGGAUACCGCCCUCAGGAAGACUUCCAGGAUUGACUGUGCCCAGUCACCCUGGGCACCCUCGGCACCCUCCUCUCAGGAGCCCUUACAGUGGCAGGGGCCUGGGGCCUGGGAACUUGCUAUACUCUGAGUUGCUUUCCAUACACCGCAUUUGACUUUGCUUAUACGGGGACCUGUUACGUUGUCAGUUAGCCAAGAGUGCGGCACACAUGGCCGGCUUUCUUUUUAAAGAUAGACUCCUCAUUCUUCAACAAGUCACAGUGUAGCUGGAGUCCCCAUCAUGACAAGUCACAGUGUAGCUGGAGCCCCCACCAUCACUUUUAUGUCCGUAGCUCCAGAAGGCCUACGUAAGGCAAGUCACUGGUGUGGGAACCCCCAUUUCCCUCCCCACUGUGCGUGUCCUCCCCAUGUGAGCGAGGACAGACAUACCUGUGGCUCCUUGCAGACAAUCAGCUGCAGCCUCCUAGGGGGACACCUCUUUCUCAGGAUGAGGUGGUGGCAACCACGCUUCCAAGCAAAGUUAAAUGCACAAAGGAAAUCCACUUCACAUAUCCUGAUGAGGGAAGGAGGCACAUUUACUCACACACCGCCCGAAACUUAUAGGCUUCUGUAGAGUGGCUGUAUAUCGACUCAGUCCCCAACUAUAUACACAGACAGGAAGAAUAAAUCUUAAUAAUAUGAGGCUGAAA